GUUAACAGUCACAUAGGGAGGAAACUGAAAUUGGAGAUUAUUAAUUUGACUUCGGGCGUUCAGCACACUUUCCAUCUUCUUUGUAUUUAUAAAAGCCCUCCUUACCCUCUCAUCUGUCUCUUUCCAGAGGCUAUCAACUGUUUAAAUCAGGCCAUUGACAUCUACACUGACAUGGGUCGGUUUACCAUUGCAGCCAAACAUCACAUCACUAUAGCAGAGAUUUAUGAGUCAGAGCUGGUGGACAUUGAGAAGGCCAUUGCCCACUACGAGCAGGCAGCAGACUACUACAAGGGAGAAGAAUCUAACAGGGUUGCAAUGAGCACCAUGGACAAUCCCCUACUCAAGUACAACGCAAAAGAGUAUUUCUUUAAGGCAUCGCUCUGUCAUUUCAUUGUGGAUGAGCUCAAUGCCAAGUUGGCCAUCGAGAAGUAUGAAGAGAUGUUUCCAGCCUUCUCAGACUCCAGAGAGCUCAAACUGUUAAAGGUUAAUUACCUUUUCUUGUUUUUUUUUUUCAACGUAACUUUCUAAGUUUGCAUAAAUAUUUUAUUAAAGGUUUUAACGGUUUAUAAAAUCUGUUACGCUGUGAAAGAAUAAUUUUAUGGAAAAUAAUAUAAACUCUCUUUACAACAAGCAGACAAUGAUUUAUGAAAGAAAUUCCUGGAAAAUUUAAACGUAAUUUUUUAUUUUUAACCUCUGCAAAGGUUUGGACUAAACUUUGUUUACUAGUGGAUGCAUUGAAAUGUUUUCAAGUAUUUGUUGUAUAUUUUUGUAGCUCUCCAUCUUUGACUUACGUAAUUAAAUAGAAAUUGCACUGACUUGGUGCACCAUCUUGUGGUUCAAACUGGCAUUACACAAAGGUACAGCCCAGCCUUACUCCAACUUCAGUUGAUAUGUCUUUAGAUAUCGCACCUUUAGUUAAGUUUAGACACU